CGCGCUCAGUCACACUCCACGCCGCCAACAGGGAUGCAUCGAGGGCGCAGCGCAGCCUGAAAAAUGGCCCCGACUCCGCGCGUCUUGUGGAUCUAUCCUUCCCGUUUCCUGCUCUCCUUCUUGGUGCUUUUCCACGUGUUCUCGUCGUGCCAAGCCUUAAGGAAUUACCCGGAGAAUGAAGUCACAUUGCUGGACUCCAUGGUAGCCUUGGCCGACCUGGGCUGGGAGGCUUAUCCUAACGAAGGGUGGGAGGAGAUCAGCGUGAUGGAUGAGCGGAACACCCCGAUGAGGACUUACCAGGUGUGUAACGUCAUGGAGGCCAACCAGAACAACUGGCUGCGGACACGCCACAUCAGCCGGGAAGGAGCGCAACGCGUCUACAUCGAGAUCAAAUUUACCCUGCGGGACUGUAACAGCCUGCCUGGGGUCCCUGGUACCUGCAAAGAGACGUUCAACAUGUACUACUAUGAGUCCAACAACGGCAAUUUGUGGUUCAUCAAGGAGAGCCAGUACGUCAAAAUCGAUACAAUCGCUGCGGAUGAGAGCUUUACGCAGGUGGACGUUGGCGACCGUGUGAUGAAGCUUAACACAGAAGUGCGGGAUAUCAGUAACCUGAGUAAAAAAGGCUUUUACCUGGCCUUCCAGGACUUGGGCGCGUGUAUCGCGCUCGUCUCGGUCAGGGUCUUCUACAAGAAGUGUCCACUCACUGUGCUCAAUUUGGCCCAGUUCCCUGACACAAUAACUGGAGGAGACACGGCCCUGGUCGAGGUCCACGGUGCGUGUGUGAAUGCCUCUGAGGAAUUUGAGGCUCCCAAGAUGUACUGCAGCGCAGACGGAGGCUGGCUGGUUCCUAUCGGGAGGUGUGUGUGUAAACCUGGCUUCGAGGAGAACAAGGACAUCUGCCAACCUUGCAGACCAGGAACCUACAAGGCCUCGGCCACAGACGCCUACUGCACCAAAUGUCCUCCACACAGCUCGUCCCUGCAGGAACAAGCCACAGAGUGCAUUUGUGAGAAAGGCUUUCACCGUGCUGACAGCGACCCACGCUCUAUGGCGUGCACACGACCCCCUUCUGCUCCAGAGAACCCGAUCUCCACAGUGAAUGAAACCUGCGUCACCCUGGAGUGGUCGGCCCCCAGAGACACGGGAGGACGUGGUGACAUCACCUACAGUCUUCACUGCAAGAAGUGCUUGGGCGAGGGGAAACAGUGCGUGCCUUGUGGUAGUAGCGUCCACUUUGUGCCCAGACAGUUUGGCCUCUCAUCAGCCACAGUCAUAGUGACCGACCUGCAACCAGACUCCAAUUACAGCUUCAUCAUCGAGAGCCAGAAUGGCGUGUCGGACUUAAGUCCCACCCCCAGAGGAACAGCGGUGAUUAAUAUCACCACAUCACAGACAGUGAGCGUGGUGUUGAAGGAGAGGCGCAGCAAGGACAGUGUGACCUUGGCCUGGCAGGGUCCACAGAGACCUAAAGGUGCAAUAGUGGAGUAUGAGGUCAUCUACUACGAGAAGAACCAGCGGGAGCAGAACUACACCGUUUUGAAAACCCGCUCCAACAUGAUGACAGUAGAUGGUCUUAAACCAGGCACCACCUACGUGUUCAGGGUCAGAGCCAAAACAGAAGGAGGUUACGGCAGCUAUGGUGGAGAGAUCGAACUGGAGACCAGCCAUGAAGAUGUCUUUGCUAUUGGGGACCCAAACCAGUCCACCAUUCUGGCUGUGUCCAUCGCCGGCGGCAUUGUGCUGCUCAUCUUCCUGGUGAUGUGCUUUGUUGUCAGCGGAAGGCACUGUGGGUAUAUCAAAGCCAAGCAGGACCCCGAUGAAGAGAAGAUGCAGUUCCAGCAUGGCCGAGUCAAGCUCCCCGGCAGUAGGACCUACAUCCAUCCUCACACCUAUGAAGACCCCAACCAGGCUGUCAGGGACUUCGCUAAAGAGAUCGAUGCUACCAAUAUUCGGAUAGAGAGAGUUAUUGGAGCUGGAGAGUUCGGGGAAGUGUGCAGCGGGCGGCUUCGUGUGCAAGGAAAGCGUGAGAUCUAUGUGGCCAUCAAGAGUCUAAAGGCGGGAUACUCGGACAAACAGAGGCGGGACUUCCUGUCUGAGGCUUCCAUCAUGGGGCAGUUUGACCACCCGAACAUCAUCAGGCUGGAGGGCGUCGUCACGAAAUGUAAGCCGGUGAUGAUCAUAACGGAGUUCAUGGAGAAUGGAUCACUGGACACCUUCCUCAAGAAACACGACGGCCAGUUCACGGUGAUCCAGCUGGUCGGCAUGCUGCGUGGCAUCGCCUCAGGCAUGAAGUACCUGUCAGACAUGAGCUACGUUCACAGAGACCUCGCCGCACGAAACAUCCUGGUCAACAGCAACCUGGUGUGUAAGGUGUCUGACUUUGGCCUCAGUCGGGUUCUGGAGGACGACCCAGAGGCCGCAUACACAACCAGGGGAGGGAAGAUCCCCAUCAGGUGGACAGCUCCAGAGGCCAUCGCCUACAGGAAGUUCACCUCAGCCAGUGAUGUAUGGAGUUAUGGUAUUGUCAUGUGGGAGGUCAUUUCAUACGGCGAGAGACCCUACUGGGAGAUGUCCAACCAGGAUGUUAUCAAAGCAAUAGACGAAGGCUAUCGCCUUCCUGCACCCAUGGACUGUCCAGUGGUGCUGCACCAGCUUAUGUUGGACUGCUGGGAAAAAGGACGCAGUGAGCGACCCAAGUUUGGCCAGAUUGUCACAAUCCUGGACAAGCUCAUCAGAAACCCUGCCAGCCUCAGAGAGCUGGCCAACAGCCCAGCAGGGGAGGAGCCAACCACUCCAGAAUUCAGCGUGAGCACAGUGGAUGAGUGGUUGGAGGCCAUUAAGAUGGGCCAGUAUAAGGAUAACUUUUCCAGUUCUGGAUACGUCAGCUUAGACUCAAUCCUCUACAUCAGUGUCAGUGAAUUGUCCAAAAUGGGUGUGACACUCGCUGGCCACCAGAAGAAGAUUUUAUCAAGUGCGCAAAGUCUGCAGACCCAGGGGACACACAUCCAAGUAUAACAUUUUCCACAUUAACGCACACUGAGACGGAGCCAAAAAGGUGGACGCUCGUGUUAAGAUCCCCCCCCCCACCAAAACGGAGACGUCAAUGUAUACUCUGUGCUUGCUCCUGCAUUGGUUCUGUUAGGAGGACAACAAGGACACCUGAAUCCUUCACAUUCUUGCACUGUUUUUUCCCCCCUUCAUGGACACUACCAGCUUUGGAGCCCCAGCAGCAGCAGCAAAAGCACCAAUACGGACACCUAGAGCAUUCAUUUACAUCACACAAAGACUAAGAAAGGAAUGACAAAAAACUAAUUACAAUCUAAAUAUCAUGACUGUCUGUGAGGUCUACGAUUGUUUUUGUUGUAUUCUUAUUUCUGAUUCUAUGUACAUGUGUAGAUAUUUGUUUAUAGGGGUGGUGCGUCCCGCCCCUGUAGAGAUGGACCUAAUGUUUGUAUUGGUUGGGAGGUUUGCAGCCUCACAGAUUUCUCAGUGAUACGCAGAUGAGGGAGCCAAGAUCCUGAAAGACAUGAAUGUUUGGGUGAGAGGGCAGGACACAAAACUGGACCUAAAGUCAGACUUUAUAGUGACGGGUUACACUUGACAAGGACAAGGGUUUCCCUCGUGACGGCAAGCAGACAAACUUCCAUCAAAUUAUACUUUAUGAUGUGCAAAAAACCUCUUCUGGAAGUCAUUUUUCUUCCAUUACACCGUUCCAGAGCAAUGUUGGUCACCAGAAGCAUUUUCACCCUUAAAGAUAGUAGAGUGUUGAGGUGUACAGCAGAAACCUGUGUUUUUUCCCCCAAACAACCUCCUAAAAUAAAGUCAUUAUUUAAAGCUCAUAGACAACUUAUUUAAAUCAAACAUACCAGGUAAGUUUGACAGCAAAAGUUAGUUGAUUUUCCAGUGAAAAGUAAUGAUUUAACUCAGCCUGCUUACGUGUGUUUUAUUAAAUGGAAGUCUAAAGGACAAAGAGUGGCAUACACAUACAGUAUAUAUGAUUGUACCAUAGUGUAAAAUAUGUACAGUGUUGAUUUACAAUGUUAGAAUGUUUGUAAUGAUUAUGAUGAUGAUGCUUUUAUCAUUAUGAAAAAGAGAUUUUGGAGUGCUUGUUGAGGGGAAGGUCAUAGAGUAGGAAGAAACCGAAGGUUCUUUAUUUGUUUGAACAAAGGAAUGUAGCAUGGAUGAAAAGUUUCAUCUUGAAUUAACAGGCGACAGUGACCGCAGUUACUAACACUGAAUGAGUAGAAUGGGCUUGAGUUGAUUUAUACGCAGGAUUUCCAUUGCAUUAAUUAGCUGGUUUAGCGUGCAUACAGACACUCCCGAUGUGCACAAUGAUUCUAGUUGUUACUGCCAUGCAUACGUUGUAUACACAUACUGAAACGACACUUCACCAAACUCACUCCCAAAUCGUGCAACCAUAAAACCCAAAAGUAUAAAAGUCAUAACUGGCCUACCACUGUAGGCUUUUUCGAUUUCCAACUUGGAGAUGUAUUUAAACAUCAAUGAAAGGGUUUGGAUGUUGUUUUAUAGCCCCUUGCAAAAAUAGAAGUGAAAUUGGAAAAAAAAAACAGGUUUGACUGCCAAAUGAGGAUGUUUGGGGAUUCUUUUGGCUCAUUCUAUUCAAGCAAAAGUCGUAGGAAUACAACUUGAAGAUAACUGGACUGUCCUUGAGCAAGGAAUCAAGGAUUUUUUUUAUCCAGGCUAAGCAAACCCAUUUUCUUUAGCAUUGUGUGCUUUUUUAGUUCUAUUGUUACAGUACAGCCCGAGGGGCAUUUUUCCUCCAAAUUACAGCAUUCCAUUUGGCAACCCAAGUCUAAACACAAGUAGAAUAUUCUGAGAGUUUAGUGUCAGACGUCGGAUUAACCCCUGUAAUACGGUACUGACUCAAAUAUAAGACAAAAACCUGAAUAUAAGAUGACCCCUCUUUUUCGAGACUCACUUUUCUUAGCUGUUCGACAGUUUGAUGAGUCUUCCUCAUUGAUCAGCAUUAUCCUAACACGAACAUUCUUUCUUUGUUUGCUAAGUUGUCGAAUCGUUGAGCCACUUUUUUUGUGCGUAAGAGUGACAAGAAGAAAUGCUCUGACUUGCUUGGGGAGAAUCUCUAGACUUUUAAAAAAAUUGUUUGAGGGAAAACAUACCCUCUCAUGACGUUACACUUGGGCAUCUUGUUGAUGGAUUUAUAAGGAAUAGCGACUCAACUUGGACAGCUAGCACUCAUUGACUAUUAAAUAUUAUCACUAUUGGCCCAAGAUGGAUGGAUUAUUCCCCCAAACGUAUACGAUUUUGGUCAUGAAACGCAAUUGUGCUUAUGGUUUAGAAGUACAUGAUCAUUUGUGCAGAUAAUUGUGAAGUUGAGAACACUGGCCUAAAGUCUGUCCAGUGAAGGAGGGGCGCUUGGUGAACUAAUUGUAUUCUUUGUGUCCUUUUAAAAACUGCAAAUCAAUGGAAAAAAAAUAGUACACACAGAUAGCCAAAUAAACAUCAUUUAUUGCAGUACUCCCUGCCACACCAGUAUUAUGUAUACCACAAAUGUAUUCUGACAUCGUGAGUACAUUCUACUCAUACUAACUUAUGAUUUGGCGGAAUUCCCUCAAAUGCUGGCCUUGUGGAUGCCUUACUUUGCUGGUCUUUUUGUUGCCCUGUAAAGGCGAUGAUAGGAGUAAAGUGUAUGUACAGGAACUAUUUAUCUGCUCUACAGAUGAUCUUGCAUCAACACACGUAUUUUCAAACACCAGUGAAUCUCGGUGUCGAUAUCUGGGGGACUGGUUUGCGUCAUAAGGUCCAUAAAAGUUGCAGAAACUUGGUUAUUUAUUCCAGUGGUAUGAUGAUGACUGUGUAUGUGAUUGAAUUACAACCGGAUCUAGUGCAGUGGUUUUCGGUGUGAGCGUAAGGCAGGCCUCCCCUGGGAGAAGAAAAAAGAUGGCAAACUAGAGAAAAACAUUUCCAAGCUUGCUACGUGAACUUCAGUUAUGUUUAAAGAUGUUAUGUUUAGAUUUAACAGUAUAGUGACAGAUUGUUAAACAGAGUCUGGGGUGAGCGGAAAAUGCCACAAAAUGUGCUCCAGAAAACCAGUUUUUCGGGGAGUAAAGGAGGCUCCUACAAUAUUAUAUUCUCGGGGAGGCUCACUGUGCCACACUUUGAAAACCCAUGAUCAAUUGUCCAUAUUGUAUUUUCUACAAUUAGAAGGCUGUAAGGUGAAAUGUCAACCAUUCUUAAAGUGUUUUCAACUCUCUAAUUCCAGAAUGAUGAAUAUGCCCGCACUGAUGCUUGAGCCUCAAAAAUGUCCUGACUGUUCACUUGGUAGAAGCCAACAACCGUAUGGCUUGGGUUGGCGUGAUCUCACGUUGUCUUUGUUCUCCAUCUCCUUGAGUGACUCUCAUCAGAAGUUCCUCUCACUUGUCCUUUCUUUGGCCACCAAACAAUGUUGAUGGACCACCAAGCCUUGCAAGUUUUCCUCUGUCUUGCGUGUUGUAAAGGGUGUAGGCAUUCUCAUGUCCUUCUUGUUGCUGUAAUAAAUAUGCUAAUAUUUCUAA